UUUCGCGCGUCAUUUUACACAAGUACAUUUUUUUUUCAUAAAAGUUGCAUUUCACGUAAACAAAGCGUUGUGCAAAUUAAGAAGUAGAGAGUUUACUUCAAAUAAUAAUUUAUGCCGCUUUCUUAUGUGUGUGCGUAAAUUAGACGCAACAAAAAAAACGCAAUUACGGCACAUUUAUAAAUUUGUAUUUCUUUUGGUGUUUCAAUUCUUGAUACUUCAAGUGAAAAAUGUUUCGCCCCAACAUGGAUGGAACGAGUGACAAAUUUGGAGGUGGUUUUAAUAUGUUGGGUCAGUCGGAUAUGUACUUUGAUGCAAAUUCAAUGAGUGGAACCAACAUGUCUAUGCCGCCGCCGCCACCGGCAUCCGUCUCAUCGGCCAGUCUGAGUCCGCCUACGACACCAUUGACACCGGAACCCAUCACACCUUUCGGUUCACAGACUCAGUUUCCCCUACUGACGGAUACAAACCACUUAAGCAUGAAUGCCACCAUGUUGGGCGCAGCUCUGAGCGCCAGUGUGCAGGGCGGCAAUAUGAAUGACGGUUCUCCGCUGCAUAGUACCAUGUUGCUCCAGAGGCAAUACGAGUACCAGUGCCGACUACUGCUCCAGCAGCGGCAGCAGCAGCUCAUGUUGGCGGAACAGCAAUUAAAAUUGGCUGCCUCGGCGUCUGCAGCGAAUCAUCAGGGAAAGGACGAAAUAGCGCAUUCACUGAAGAUGUUUGCCUUGUUAACGGCCUGCAGUUCUGAAAAAGGCCAUGGCUCCAGGCAGGAGAUCAUGCAAGACUUUGCUGCCAAUGGCUAUGUCAGCGAUGAUUUUAAUCGCUUGCAAUACAGCAAUCCUAAUGCCACGCUGGUUGAUUCGUCCCCGUCGCAAACGCCGCUCUCUGAGCACAUGACGACGGCGCCACUUGCUACUCAUCAGCUGCCACCAGGAUUGGGCAAUGUCUUCGGCAACGUCCCUAUCUCGUCAUUACCUGCUUUGCAUUGGCUCAAUCUGAACAACUAUAAGGAUCACUUAAACAAUAUGUGGCGAAAAGUUUCCUACGGUAGUUCACAUUCGCCAACCAAUGUGGGACUGAUGGCUUCCGUAGGUAACAUGGGAUUGGUAGCUUCAGGAGCCAACAUCAACACCAGCUGUGCCGGAAGUAAUGCCAACAACCCAUUGGGAUUGGGGGUCAAUGGGCCCCAAGACCACAUACGAACGAUUAACGGAAGCAACAUUAAAUUACAGAAGCGCCAAAACAAUACCAAAACUAAAGAUGUCAACCGUCAUUGCGUGUUUUGUGAAAAUAAUAACGAACCUGAGGCUGUGGUCAACAGUCACUCGGUACGUGACACGCUCGGUCGUGUCCUGUGCCCUAAACUACGAACUUAUGUGUGCCCAAUAUGCAGGGCAUCGGGCGAUUCGGCUCACACCAUUAAAUACUGCCCAAAGAAGCCGAUCAUAACCAUGGAAGACGCCAUCAAAGCGAAUUCCUUUCGCUUGGCCAAAAGCGCCUACUACAAGCAACAAAUGAAAGUUUAAGCUCUGAAAUUCGGAGAUUGUAGUUUUUGCGUAUAUUUACGUAUAUGCGUUAUCUAUUUAGUUACUUUUAAGUAAUAUUACUUUGCAACAUGCGCCUGGCGCGUUCGAAUUUGCGAGUUCUUCAAACCUAUAUGGUAUAUUCAUCAUGAGCAGUGGCUCUCUCAAUCAGAGACCCAUCAAACUGUCUUUGAUACUUCAAUCAAUGGCAAACAUUUUUUACUUUAUAUGUUAUCAAAAAAUGUACGUUUUACAAUGUACUCACUCUAUAAUACAUUUUGUACAGUCGUUGUGGUCGGUAAAAACCUCUCAAAAAUGUCGCCCCGACUGGGCAGUACAAUUUCGCAAACAUUGUGUCGAAUUAUUGUAUUAUAUUUUUUUUUACAAUUUGUUUAGAAAUGGAUACACUAAUUCGAAUAUUUUGGAAUAGAAAAUAGAAAUAUGAAUUUUGAAAGGUCCAAUCGAAUUAGAAUAACAUAGUGAUCGCUCCAGAAAAAUAGGGGCGCAUCUCACAUUUGCAAAGGCAACAUUUUCCUAAUUCAAUUUUUUUAUAACAUUGACAUUAAAAUAUUCAAAAAAAACUUUUUACUACUUGUUCAAUUACUUUAAAAAAGUAUUAUUUUUGUAGUGUAUACACGAUAUUACAUUAUUAUUAUAUACUCUUUAUAUAUUUAUAUUCAUCUAUCAUGAAUUCAUCCACGAUUUUACCAACUACAUAAUCGAU